AUGGCUGCUGCUGCACCACCCACCCCGGCACCCCGCCCGCCUCGCCAGCGCCUCAACAAGCUCGAGCGCACCCAGCUCCGCCGCGACCUCGCUCACCACGACAAGGACGCAGACCACCGCCAGGACGACGACGACCAAGCCACCACCGCACCACUCGACUGGCUACCCCUCGCCGACACGCGCACCCACCAGUGCCCCGUCGUCUUCACCCCCGAUGGCUCCUACGCCUUCAUCGCCUCGGGCGCCGCCGUCAAGGUCUACUCGGUCGCGUCGACCCAGCUCAUGUCGACCCUCUCGAUCCGCCCCUACUCGUCCUCGACCGCGACCACCACCAACGAGCCCGCAGCCCUGCGCCGCGCCACCGUCUCGGCCGUCCUCCUGUCGCCCUCCAACCCGCGCCAGCUCGUCGUCGCCGCCACCGACGGCAAGGUCCGCCUGUGGGACUACCUCGACGGCGCCCUCUUGCGCACCCUCGACCUCGGCGCCCCGAUCCUCCACGCCACGGCCAACCACAACCUCGCCGACCACCUCUUCGUCGCCCUCGGCACCAACUCGAACCUCGACGCCGAGGCGAGCGUCUACCUCGUGUCGCUCCGCGCCGCAAAGCACCUCGUCGACGGCGUCGUGACCGCCGCCGACCCCUCGACCCCGGUCCAGCCCGCGCGCCGCGUCCGCCUCGCGACCCCGCGCAUCGUGCGCGCUCUCGCCCUCUCGCACGACGGCGCCGUCCUCGCAAGCGUCAACCCCAACGCCGUCCACCUCGCGCGCACCCACGACAUCCAGCGCGGCUUCACCCAGUCGGUGCCCGCCGCCGACGACGAGGUCCUCACCACCGUCGCCUUCCACCCGACCGACAACUACUUUGCGACCGGCAACGAGCGCGGCCAGAUCCGCCUGUGGUACAACGUCCUCGGCGCCCCCUCGUCGUCGUCCGAGGCCGGCGACAGCGCGCUCGCCGCACCCGCACCGACGACGAGCGUCCUCCACUGGCACGCCCACGCCGUGUCGUCGCUCGCCUUUACGCCCAACGGCGCCUACCUCCUGUCGGGCGGCCAAGAGGCCGUCCUCGUCCUGUGGCAGCUCCACACGGGCCACCAGGAGUACGUGCCCCGCCUCGGCGCCCCCAUCUCGAGCCUCACCGUCCUCGACGGCACGCGCGACAACCCCGAGCAGCAGGUCGCCGCCAGGUUGAGCGACGGCAGCGUCGCCUUUGUCGGCAGCCAGCGCCUCAGGGUCGGCAAGGUCAUCUCGGGCCUCAAGGCCGACGCCUCGUCCCGCCCGACGUUCGCCCCUGCCCCGUCGACCCUCCCGACCCCGCUCGCGCUCGACCCGUCCACCUCGGCCCUCGUCCUCCCCGCCGCGCACCCGUCGUCGCUCCAGUUCUACUCGCCCCUCGACGACGCCUCGAUCCUCGAGCUCGAGGUGGCGCCCUCGAACCGCGUCACGAGCGCUCAGCGCGACCGCCCGCUCGAGCCCACUCGCGUCGAGCGCGUCGCCUUUUCGACGCCCGAACCUCGCGGCGCCGGCGCCUACUGGAUGGCGACGGUCGACUCGUGGGCCAAGGACGGCUUUACGCCCGUGCGCCAGCUCAAGCUGUGGCGCAAGCAGGUCGGCGCUGCCGCCGCCGCCGAGCAGCAGCACUCGUUCGCCCUGUCGACCCGCAUCGACCGCCCGCACGACGGGCCCAUCACGUCGCUCGCGUUCUCGCCCUCGACCGCGUCGCCGCUCCUCCUCACGACCUCGACCGACGGCUCGAUCAAGGUCUGGGCCCCGACCACCUCGUCGUCGUCAUCGUCGUCGGCCUCGAGCGGCGGUGCCUGGGCCUGCCGCGCCGCGCUGUCGCACCGCGGGUCGGCGCCCGUCGCCGCCGCGUGGAGCGCCGACGGCAGCAUGUUUGCCGUCGCGCACGUGCGCGGCUCGGUCACGCUGUGGAGCCUCGCCCAGGGCGGCGUCCUCAUGCACUCGUUUGCGGCGACGAGCGUCGGCCGGCCCCGCCACGUCGCGUUUGUCGACGCCGAGGGCGAGCGCAGCGGCGGCGACGGCGCGACGGCGCUCGUCGUGGGGGGCAGUCUCGGGUCGAUCGCGUGGGACUUGCUCACGCUCGACGAGGUGCACACGACCAGAAUCGACUUUGCGACGCUCGCCGUCCAGCCUGGGUCGGGCCUGCUCCUCGGCACCGAGGACGCUGCGCCCACCGCGUCGACCUCGGCCUCGGCGUCGUCGGCAUCGGCGUCGUCGUCGAACGCAGGCGCCAAGAAGGCGGUCAAGGCGACCAAGACGGGCCCGAGCGCGACCUCGACCGACGGUGCCGCCCCGGCGCUCCUGUACUCGCUCCCCGUCGCGUCGACCUCGCGCGAGGCCGCCCUCGCGCACCUCGACGCGCGCCCGCUCCCCUGUGCCCCGCGCCAGCUCCUCCCUCUCCCCUCCUCGGCCUCGGCCUCGGCCUCAUCCUCGUCCGCCGCCACGACCUCGUCGCGCCGCACCGACGCGCACCCGGUCUCGCUCGCCGCAGUCGACCCGACCGGCGCCGUUUCGCUCCUCGGCGCCGCGGCCGCCCUCGGCGGGUCGGUCGCGCCCUCGGCGCUCCCGCAGGCCGCCGGCACGGGCGCCAAGGAGGGUCUCUUUGACGAGAUCUUUGGCUCGGCCUCGGCGGCGGCGGCGGCGACGAGCGCGGGCGCGAGCAGGGCCAAGGGCAAGGGCCGGGCGCUCCUGGGCGACGGUUCGGCGGCGGCGGCGGGCGCGAGGAUCGACGUCGGCGCGCUCGGCAAGGGCGCCGCCGUCCUCCUCGAGACGCCGGCGCACGUGCUCCCGCCUGUGCGCAUGCUCUGGCGCGAGCUGCUGCGGGUCGAGCAGCGCCCGGCGGCGGUCGAGCUCGAGCUCGAGGGCGGCGACAAUGGCUCGCGGGCGGCGACGGCGGCAGCAGCGACGGGCGCAGCGACGUCGCCGCCGCAGCAGCAGAAGAGCGAGGUGCUCUCGGCGACGACGACGGCGCCCGUCUUCAGCUCGCUCGGGCAGGAGACGAUGCGCGGGAUCUUCAGCAGGCGGUUGGCCGGAGGUGUGGCCGGGUCGGCGUAGAGCUCGAUGGCAAGCCUUAGCGACUCGUU